AUGGCCGCGCCGCUGGGCAAGUCGCUCCCCAGGGCCCGUUUGCGCCGCGUGCCCGCCCCGUCGACGCCGCGAUGCAUCGCUAGCUACGGCCAUGCCCAGGCGCAGGUGCAGAGCCUCUCGCGCGCCGCCGCGACCUCUCCUCCCCCUCCUCCUCCGCGGUCGCCGCCGCCGAACCUAAUCACCACCUAUCCGGCCGCCCGACGCGCCGCCGCGCAGCUCUCCCAGACCUACUUCGAGGCGACCGGCCAGACCUGGAUGCCGCUGUCCGGCGACCAGGAGCCCCCCGUCGACCCCAACAAGGCCAAGCUUGGAAAGACCCUCCGCAUCCUCCAGGACCGCAUGCCCACGCUCCUGCAGUCCCCGCUGCCGCAGGAGAUCCUCGCGCCGACCAUCACGCUUCGCCUCUUCCCCUCGACGCACCCGCACCUGCCGGCCGUCUCCGGCCGCGUCGCCUACACCGCCGCGCUGUGGACAUCGCCCAUCGCGUGGAACCGCGUGCCGCUCGUCGGCGACGUGCGCCUCGAGAUCCUCGCGGAGCGCGUGACCGCCGAGCCGCUGACGUUUUUGCCGCGCCGCGCCGGCGCCGCCCCCGAGCAGCUCGUCGUCCGCUGGCGCGAGAAGAGCAGCCCCCGCACCGCGGGGGGCGUCCUGGCCCGCUCGCUGCGGCUGACGCGCGGUGGCGAGGCGGACAGACCGUUCACGGGGCUGUUCAUAUUCGACUUUGAUAGUGAGGGGCGCGUGCUCACGCACACGAUUGAGACGGCCCAGGAGGGCGGCGACUGGGAGCGCGGCAUGGGCGCCAAGUUUGUCGGCUUGACGGACUGGUUGCUCGGCGGCAUCCAGCGCGAGCCGGGCGGCACGCCCCCGAUGCCCAUGUUUGAGCGACGGAGACGCUCGUGA